AUGAAUCAAUUCGCCCCUCAGCAAUCAUCGCUCGCCAUGGACUCAGGGGAGAGCUCCGCCGCCUCCAACGCCGCCCACGCGGCAAUGGCCGUCGACUACGCCCCCGAGGUCGCCUGCUGCGUAUCAUCCAUGGUCGACCUCGGCGGCGCCGCCGGCGUGGAGAGCCAGCGCCUGUUCCUGGCGCGCCGCACGGCGCUGGAGAUGCUGCGGGACCGCGGGUACAGCGUUCCGGAGGACGAGCUCGCCCGCACCCUCCCGGAGUUCCGCGCGUGGUGGUCCGAGACGCCCGAGAUCGAGCGCCUUUCCUUUUCCACAACCCUCGCCUCCGACGAGUCCAACAAGGUGCGAAUUGUCUUCUGCCCACCUGAGCCCGUCAAAAUCGCAGCCAUCCGGGAGGUGUAUCUCCGAAUCAAAGAAGAGAACUUGUCUUGCCUGAUUCUGAUUUUGCAGAGCAAAAUAACAUCUAGAGCCAGGGAGUCCAUCAAGGAGAUGUUCAAAUUCAAAGUAGAUGUAUUCCAGAUCACAGAGUUACUGGUGAACAUUACUAAGCAUGUCCUGAAGCCCAAGCAUGAAGUGCUGACUGCAGAAGAAAAAGCGAAGCUCCUGAAGCAGUACAAUGUGGUGGAUUCACAGUUGCCUCGCAUGCUAGAGACCGAUGCUGUUGCUCGCUACUAUGGCCUUGGCAAGGGAAACGUGGUGAAAUUCACAUAUGACAGCGAGCUCACCGUGGACCAUGUGACGUACAGAUGUAUCUUCUGA